CAAACCCUUAAAAAAUGGAGGUUCCCCACUCCCCAAUCUUCACCAUAAAGAAAUCCCCCAAUCCUCCCAAGGCCAAGGCCACACCCCAACUAGAAGCUAGCCUACAGUCAAAGCCGACCAAAGUCCGCUCUCAAGAGUACAGAGAUAGGAAGAAACAGUACGUUACGAAGCUAGAAGAGAUUAAUAAGAAAUUGAUAGAAGAAAAUCUGUACUUGAAAUAAAGAGAACCAAGAACUCAUGGCUAAAUUAGAAGGAAAAGGACAAACUGGUCCUACAAAGAUUGACGAGAAAGCUAAUAUGAAUAGGCAUGAACAUUUUGCAUACUUUAAGAUACCAAAGAUGAUCAAUGAUAACCCUGACAGUGUCAGACUUACCCAGAUAUCUAUGGCAGGGAAAGAUAUUAGUGAAUGGAGUCCUGACCGUAUUCAGAUCAUUAAGAAAGCCUUUAGCGAUAUCUUAAAUUAUAUGUUGGCCAAAGAUAAUAAGUGCUUUGUUGCUGCCUUUAAAAAUAUGAAGGCUAGUCAAUAUAUCAAAUAAAAUGAAAAGCAAGCGUACUCUCAAAAGAAAAUAUAAGCAGCUGAGGAAGCUUGAAGAGUCUCACCCAGAACAAAUAAUGCUAAAUAUGGAAUAUUCUGAGUCUAUGAUGAAUUAUAUUGAAAAAUAGUGGGCCAGAGUAUCUGAGAACCUGCACCGUUUAUAAAAGCCUAGCUAAGAAAUUAAUUACAAUCAGAAAUGAAAUUUUACAAGCUGGCAUUAAAAGAGAACAAUAUUUCGAAGAAAGUGGAUUUAUUGAAGCUCUAGAAAAAUCAGACUUUUCCAUUCUCUCAGAACUUAUCGGAAGACUAGAUGGAACUAAAUACCUUUCCCCACAUUUUCUAUGGGAUCUUCCUAUCAGAGAUCCACAAUCGAAAGAAUAUAACAACUGUGAGCUUUCUGAAUAACAAUCAUUUCUCUCUCAAUAAAAGCACCUCCAAAUAAUAAUUUUAUACUUUAUUCGCAACUUUCAAC